UCUCCAGUGAAGAUGAGAAAGGAGAUGAGAGCACUGAAGCUCUCCUGCUCUCUCACUCCUCUCCAGCACGCACUCUGGAAGACAGACACGCCUGUGCUUCACUCCAUAGGACAGGAUUAACAGCACAGAGCAACACAGCACUAUGGCAGCAUCUCGCCUGUGAUCUGCCUGCCUGCCGGCUUCCCAGAGAAACAGCGACGGCUCGACCUCUGACCCCCUGGGAAACAGCUCCUGUGCGUGUGGGACAUUUGACUUCUGACUCCUUGCGUGUGAGGACACCCUUACUUCAUAUUUGCGGAGAUACAGGCUCUGCCGAUGAGGACACCCUGACCACUGCUGCCCGUGGACCAUGCUGGCUGAAGCCUAGCCCAGACGCGGUUCCUCACUCACCUUCGGCAUGAUUUUCUCCAGCACGAUCGUCCUUGGGGCUACCCUGGGCACCUCUGCUGGGGCUCUUACCCUCUGCGUGCUUUCCCUGCUCUGCAAGCACUACAGGAAGUGCCACCUGGAGGGGCCGCAGGAGGAUGACCCAGAGAAGGUCAAGCCCAGCGUGAAGCACUCUGCUGAGCAGUUUAGUAUUGAGAAAUCAACAGAACCCAUCCAGCCUGAGACUCUCCUGAAAUUUCCCAAGACCUACAAACCAAAGCCAUCAGUGACCUCUCCCAAGGUCAUCGGCCUUCCCUCUUAUGCCUUAGAGACAACAGACGAGCCCUUGGCAGAUAAAGCUGCCAGUCUUCAGCCGGAGCACGGUAUCCUAGCAACUGAGGGAACGGAGGAGGUCCCCGUCAUCCCUAGGCAAGGUUGCACCAAUGACAACACUGUCGCUGCCGAACCAAAGAACAGCAUGAGAACAAGCAGCUCCAUCAUCUAUCCGAAGCUGCAUUUCUCCCUCAGAUAUCACAGCCAGAAGAAGGAGCUGCACGUCAUUGUGAUAGAAGCGGAGCACGUGACUGCGGAGGCCGGCUGCGAGGGCUACGUCUCGGGUCUGCUGACCACCACCAGGACCCGAAAGGAGGCCCAGACCUCCAUGCGUCGCCUGGCAACCACCAUGCGUUGGCAGGAGGGUCUGAUGUUCCCCCUGCCGGAGGGCACCCAGGGGGAGGGCGAGGUGGCCUUGUCCCUCCAUAGCUGGGACCGCUUCUCCCACCACGUCAUCCUGGGCACCAUGCGCUUCAAGCUGGCAGACAUAAGCAUGAUGUGCAACGCCGACUGCUGGGUCGAUCUACAGCCUCCCAAGCAGGACAUGAAUGCAUCUGCUGGGGAGAUCCUGCUGUCCAUCAGUUACCUGCCGGCAGCCAACCGCUUGGGCGUGGUGGUCAUGAAGGCUCGCGGGCUGCAGAACCUUCGGCUGAAGGACUCCAUUGACCUCUCCGUGAAGCUGGCGCUGAGGCACCAGGCCACGAAGCUGAAAAAGAAGCAGACGCGGCACGUAAAGCACAAGAUGAACCCGGUGUGGAACGAGAUGAUGAUGCUGGAGGUGCCCCGCGAGCUGCUGGCCAAGUCCAGCCUGGAGCUGGAGGUGCUGAACCUGGGCGGCGACGGCAAGCUGGACCUUCUGGGCAAGUGCCAGCUGGGCCUGCAGUCCUCGGGGGUGGGGCUGCAGCACUGGCAGCAGAUGCUGGAUAACCCACGCAAGCAGAUCGCAAUGUGGCACCCCCUCAGCAUAUGAGCGACGGACACCUGCUUUAAAGGGCCAGCACAGUGUAGCAGAUCCCACUGGCUAGUCAAAAGCAACACCAGAAUCACCAGGAUUGUAAAAUUAAUGUGAAUCACUGUCUUUCAGACCCCUAAAUGAAACAUAAUAAUGCCGCACACCAAUGGUCAGUCCCAAACCAUAAAAUGACACCCACUGGCUAGUCAACCAGCAGAAUCACCAGGAUUGAAAAAUGUAAAAUGACAAUCUCCAACACCUCUAAAUCAAACAUGAUGAUGCUGUGCACCAAAUGUCAGUCCCAAACCCUGAAUGACACCCACAGAAUACAUAUUUUAGGUUACACUCAUCCUGAUGGAGCAGGAGACAAUGUGCAGUGAGCGGAGUGAGCUGGUCUUAUCUAACGCAUAUGACGCGUGGAGAGUGACACAGCCUAGAGUCACGCUGUCCCCAGAGCUUUAGCAAAGCCUAUGUCACAGAAGAUUGCUAUAACCAGGACUCACAUUUCCUUCUUGACGCAUUUCCUCUAUAAAUAUGAGUCCUUCAUUACCAAGUUCAUGGAUAAUUAUUGAACUGCAGAAUUGAAGUAGGCACAUUAGAUCAAUAACAAUAUUGCGGAUGUGUGUAGCGGUAAUUAAAUGUUGACACAGAUACAAAAACUUGCUCGUUUAAAUGUAGGAUUGUUCGAUUCCUGCCCUGGGUUUGUAUGUUCUUGGAGUAUUUGUCUGGGUGUCUUUGAAGUACUCCUGUCUUUUCCCGUGAUGCAGAUGUGUGUGGUAGUUGAAUUGGUGUCUCUAAAUUGCCCUUAGUGUGUGGUUGUAUACAUAUCUGUGUGUGCUCUCUGAUGGACUGGUAUUCCGCCCAUGGUGUCCUCUGCCCUAUGCUUCCUGGUAGAUUCCGGAUAGACAGAUGGUGCUCUACACAUACGUAUCCUGGAAAAAAAAAAAAAAUGUCAGUGGAAGGGUGGGGUGGUAAGGAAAGAGAAUGGCGAAAGUUCAUCACUACCACUCUACAA